GUCGGAAAGUGUUGUGACAGUACAUAAGGAUUAAGGAGGCACACGGAAAUUUCAUUUCUGAAUUACAACUUAGAAUUUCAGUUUGAACUCUUGUCUUGAUUGUUGAAUUUGCGAUGGUGAAAUCCAACGAUAAUGGUUCCGUUUCGGUGCCUCCUUUCCUGAAGAAAUGUUACGAUAUGGUGGAAGACCAAAACACCGACUCCGUCAUCCGUUGGAGCCACGGCGGCGACAGCUUCGUCAUCUCCGACCUCACUCAAUUCUCCGUCACGCUCCUUCCUUCUUAUUUCAAACACAACAACUUCUCCAGCUUCAUCAGGCAACUCAAUAUCUAUGGUUUCAGGAAAAUUGAUACGGAUUGCUGGGAAUUUGCCAAUGAAAACUUUGUUAGGGGUCAGAAGCAGUUGUUGAAGAAUAUACACAGAAGGAAACAUCCACACAUUGCGGAUCAGCAAAAAGCAUUGCCGCAGAAAGACAAUUGUGAGGAACCAUCACAAGAAGCACCGAAUCAUGGCCUUUGGAAAGAAGUUGAGAAUCUAAAAUCUGAUAAAAAUUCACUCACGCAAGAGUUGGUCAAACUUAGGCAACACCAGGAGUCUGCUGAGAAGAAGUUGCUGCGUCUGAGUGAUCGCAUUCAAGGAAUGGAAAAGCAUCAGCAGCAGAUGUUAUCAUUCUUAGUCAUGGUUGUGCAAAGCCCAGGGUUCAUGGUUCAGCUGCUUCAGCCUAAGGAAAAUAAUUGGCGUUUGGCUGAGUCAUGGAACAUAUUGGAUCAAGAUAAACAAGAUGACAGGCCAGUUCCUUCUGAUGGGAUGAUAGUAAAGUAUAAACCACCUGUAGGUGAAAAACUAAAGCCUGUAGUUCCGCUAUCUCCUGGUUUCGAUACGCAGCCAGAUCCCGAGUUUUCUGCAGAUGGGCUAAAAGACUUGUGCAUCAGUUCUGAAUUCUUGAAAGUGCUUCUGGAUGAAAAAUUGUCUCCAUUAGAAAAUCAUUCUCCAUUUCUCGUACCAGAUUUACCUGAUGAUGGUUUGUGGGAACAGCUUUUUCUAGGUAGUCCUUUCCUGGGAAACACUGAAGAUUCUAAUAAAGAAAGUGAAGGGCGCACCGAUAAUGAAAUGGAGAUGGAACCCAUAACAUCCGAGACUCCAAACGAAUAUUCUCGAACUUUUGAAUCGAUGGUUGUAGAGAUGGAGAAAGCUCAAGAGUGAGUUAGAAUUGUAUGCACAUGGUGUUAAUUUGGAGAGGCCAGAGUUUAGAAUUUCACUCUGAGCUAAUGGAGCUUCUAGUUUCAACUAACACUAUAUAGGGAAGUAAUAAUGUCCAUCAGAUAUUUUUCAGCUGGGCUGUCUUCACAGAUUACUUCUAACUAUAAUUAUAUUAAAGUAUUAAGGCGCAAUACGAUUAUUUUCUCUUCCAUCUUCCUCCAGCGGUUGCUAUAUCCUCAUCUAGAAUCAGUGUUCAACUUGUAUCUGAAAUUGAUCCUGAUUUUCCUCGUUGACAGAUUUUGGCAUCUUGAAUGGUGUCCGAGUUCGAGGACCGGGAGUUGUAUGGGAGUGCGGCUACCGACAUAUGAUGAAUCAAAUAUUUCUUAUUUGGAUAACUGUUAGGGAAAACGGGAUCUUUUAUUUUUUGUGCAUUCAACAGUGGUACAUGCCUUCAUAUAUAUUAUAAAAUUUCUUAUAAUUCAU